AUGUGGCCCACAGGCCGCGAGUUUGACACCUGCACAGGAAUAACUGUGGUCAGUUUAUGGACUCUACCUCAUGUGACAAAGUAUCAAACAGUGAUACCUCGCAGACUGAAGGAUUCAUCUGGAAUGAACGAUGCUGCUACACAUCAGAAAUACCCUGAUACGAUCCAGUACUCUUUGACAAUCGAGAGACAAAACCUCACCCUGCAUCUGGAACGGAACAUACAUCUUAUUGGGAAGAACUUUUCUGUGAUGUAUCAUUCAGAUGAAGGCACUCAAGUCACAACGAAUCCAGAUCUCGGGGUUCACUGCUACUACCAUGGACACAUCGUGGGGGUGGAGGCCUCGUCUGCCAGUGUGAGACUAUGUUCUGGAAUAAAGGGUAUUUUGCUUCUCUGGGACCAGACGUACCUCAUUGAACCUCUGGUCAGUCGCGAGGCAGGACAGCAGGAGGACACGCCAAGCUCUCACGCUCAUAGGGACGAGGGCCUUCACAUGGUCUACAACUACAAACACCUGAGAAGGAAGAGGAGAAGCACCUGCUCUCAUGGAAACACGACCACUUUCUAUGGUCAUGGAGAUUAUCCAUCUAGACUGUUCCAGCUCAGUAGCUUGAGAAGCGGCGCAGAGGCCGAAGACUACAUGGUGAGACCCAUGACAGUGGAGCUGGUUCUGGUGGCCGACCACACUGAGUACAUGACGUUUAACAGUACGGAUAUACUCAGGACCAGAAUGCUUGAUAUAGCAAACCACGUGGACAGGUUGUAUCACCAACUGGGAUUUCGUGUGAUGCUGGUGGGCGUAUAUAUCUGGUCAUACAGAGAUGAGAUAGUGGUCAGCAGUGUAGCCAAUGUGACCCUCAAGAACUUCCUCGCGUGGCGUCAGCGCACCCUGCUGCCGAAGAUCAAACACGACAAUGCACAAUUGAUCACUGGUGUGGACUUUGAUGGUCCAACUGUCGGCUUAGCGGUCACCAGUACAAUGUGCAGUUUGAAGUCUGGAGGAAUCAAUCAGGACAAUCACAAUAAUUUCAUAGUGGUGGCUGUUACUGUUGCCCAUGAGAUGGGUCAUAACCUGGGCAUGAACCAUGAUACGAAUACCUGCCUGUGUGGUGGGAACAGAACAGAAACAGGCUGUAUCAUGGCAGCGAGAGCCAACCCCGUGCCUCCACACCUGUUCAGCAGCUGCAGUACGAGGGAGAUGGAUGAAUUCUUGCAGUCUUACAAACCGAGAUGUCUGCUGAAUACACCCUCCACUGAUCGCAUCUACGGAGGCCCAGUGUGUGGAAACGCCUUCGUGGAGGCCGGAGAGCAGUGUGACUGUGGCACUGAAAGGGAAUGUACAAAUCGCUGCUGCGUUGCCGCGACCUGCAGACUUACUGAAGGAGCACAGUGUGCAGAGGGAGAGUGCUGCGAAAACUGCCAGCUGAAACCCACAAGUAGUGUCUGCCGACCGAAGGCAAGGGACUGCGACAUGGCAGAAAACUGCACUGGCUUCUCUGCCACCUGUCCGACUGACGUCUAUGCUCAAAAUGGCCUGCUCUGCGGUAGUGGAAAAGGAUACUGCUACGAUGGACAGUGUCCCUCAAAGCGGCAACACUGCAAAAAACUCUGGGGUCCAGAUGCAGAAGUAGCACCAUUUGCUUGUUACUACCUAUAUGGAAACUGCCAAUUAACAUGGUUUGGCCAGAAAUGUCGGCGCAGAAAAAAAUACUGCGGGACACUUUUCUGCUCUGGAGGCAACGAAUUUCCUGUGACAAAGAGGAAAUCCAUGUACACUUUAACAAAUGGACAAGAGUGCAACGAAGCAACAAAAGUACCUGAUUUCCCUGAAGAUGUGGGUAAUAUACCUACUGGCACCAAGUGUGGCACCAACAAGGUGUGCUACAGCAAGGAGUGUCAAGACUUUACAACCCUCAAAGUGUACGCCUCUAGUGACUGUUCUCAUAAUUGCAGCAAUAAUGGGGUGUGUGACGACGAGAGUAAGUGUCAUUGCAACCCCGGCUGGCUUCCACCGUUUUGUCAGGAGCCACGCAAAGAGCAGCCUCCAAUGAAUAUGACGGUGAUUCUAGUGGCUGGUGGCAUUGGCUUACUUCUGCUGGUGAUCAUAGUCAUGAAGCCAAAGCCUCCGAUGCCUCCAGUGAAGCCUCCAGUGAAGCCUCUGCUCCAGUCUCCACUGCCACACACUCAGCUGCUUGCAGGGAAUACUGCCCAGAUGACAGAUUGUGCAGCACUGUGUAAACACUGA